AUGGUCGACUCCACAGAGAAAAUGGGCGAUACGCAGAAGCUGGUAGUUAUUAUGGACGGAGCAUACGAUAAUUGCCGUGAAAAAUGGGCCCAGCUAGCCGAAAAACACAACGUCCGGCUGGUACCUUUCAACGGUACUUGUGCAGAUGACUUUUUCGAUCUUUUCGAUAAAAAGAACAUCGUCGCCGUGGCCCACACUUAUCCCGGUCUAAAGCUCAUGGACGGUUUUGAAAUGGACAAAUUCCGUGCUUGUCUCGCGGGGGUCGAAAUUAUGUGUCACAUGGGUGCAGGGUACGAUGCGCUGCCAGACCCCACCAUCCUCAAGGAAAUGGGGAUUACCGCGUCUAAUGCGCCCAAAUCCGUUAUGGAAGCCACUGCCAACACCGCGCUUUACCUCACGAUCGGUGCCAUGCGUAAUUUCAAUGCCCUCGCAUCUGCUCUUCGUCGUGGAGAAUGGUUGGGAGAUGUACCGCUGGCUAUCGAGCCGGAAGGAAAGACGCUGGGCGUGAUUGGGCUGGGCGGAAUCGGAGCGCUGGCUCGGGACAAAAUGCAGAGCUCUUUGAAUCUCGGGAAAGUCCAGUACUUUAACCGCCGUCGCGCGGAUCCCGAGAUCGAGAAGAACGCUGAGUAUGUUGAUUUCGACACACUACUCAAGACCUCGGACAUUGUUUUCCUCAGCGUCCCUCUUAAUCGCUCUACUUACCACCUAAUUGAUGCCGAAGCGUUCUCCAAAAUGAAGGACGGCGUGACUAUCGUCAACACUGCUCGGGGCUCUGUCAUCGACGAGCAGGCGCUGGUCGACGCACUGGCAUCCGGCAAAGUUAUGUCUGCCGGCCUCGACGUAUUCGAAAACGAGCCCAACGUUCACCCCGAACUGCUUAAAAACCAGAACGUGCUGCUUUUGCCGCACGUCGGAACCCACUGCAUUGAUGCUCGCACUAAAAUGGAGGCAGAGGUUAUCGACAACAUUGACGCGUAUCUUACCACCGGUAAACUCGCUAGCCCCAUUGCCGAGCACGUUUAG